AUGAAGAUCAUCUUCUGCAAUAUUAGAGGCCUUAAGAGACAAAAGGUCAAGGAUAAAUUGAGAAGUUUAGUUAAUUCUAAUAAUCCCUCUCUUGUAUGGAUUGUUGAACCCAAAAUUAAAACAUCAAAUUUUCACUUUAAGCUCCCUGGGAUGCAUCAUCAAAUAAUUCAUAAUUUUUUGGAUAAUUCUAAAGGUAAUAUCUGGCUUUUCUGGAAUUGUUCAAUUACUGCUCCUUCUGUUAUCAAGGCUGCUAGUCAGUGCAUUACUGUUGAAGUAGGUGAAGUUCUUGUUACUGGAGUGCAUGUUAAUUCUUACACUAUUAAUAGAAGAGAAUUGUGGCAAGACUUAUGUGAUAUUAGUCUUAUGAAUAAGCCUUGGUUAAUAUUGGGGGAUCUUAAUAUUAUUUUGUCUACUGAUGAGAAAAGAGGAGGUAGGAAUCCCAUUUCAACAACAAUGAGAGAUUUUCAGGAUUGUGUUGAUUUUUGUGGUUUGCUUCAAGCUCCUAAAAGUGGGCUAGAAUUUUCUUGGUGCAAUGGUAGGGAUGGAAGAAAGAGGAUUCUCUGUAAUCUUGAUAGAGCUUUAUAUAACUUGAAAUGGUUGGAUAAAUUUAAUGGUUGGAACUAUAAAGUUGGUACUAGAGGAGUCUCUGAUCAUAGUCCUCUUCUGGGUUCUGAUGCUGUCAUUUCUAGAGCUCCUAAUCCUCUCUUUAGAUUUCAAAAAAUGUGGCUGAAUCAUCCUUAUUUUCUGCAAGUUAUUUGGAAUACAUGGAAGGAAGAAAUUUAUGGCAAUCCCAUCUAUAUCUUUAUGAACAAGCUUAAAAGACUUAAAAUAUUCCUAAAGGUGUGGAAUUGGGAGGUCUUUGGUGAUGUUAAAGAAACUCUUAAAAAAGUUGAAGAAAAGGUGCUGGAGGAAACCUUAAAAUCUGACAGUGAUCCCACUAAUAUCAAUCUGUUAAAUAACUUGGUCACUGCUAGAGGAAAAUGUGACAUUGCUGCAAAUAACUACAACACUUUUCUCAGAGACAAGGCUAGAAUCAGCUGGAUACAGGAUGGUGAUGUUAACACUAAAUACUUCCAUACAAGCAUCAAGCUAAGACAGGCUCAAAAUUCUAUAUAUGAAAUAGAAGACUCAUAUGGUAAUAUCAUUACUGAUCAAAAUGGUAUUUUUAAUGUGCUGAUUGAUUAUUUUAGUACUAAGUUUGCUCAUCAGAAUGUUAGUAUAAAUGAUUCCUUCUUUGAAGCUGCACCUAUAGUAAUAACUACUGAAGAUAAUUCCUAUUUAGAAAAUGUGCCUACCGAAGAAGAUAUUAAAACUGCAACUUUUGAUCUAAAUCAAGAUGGGGCCCUGGGCCAGAUGGGUUCACUGGUGCAUUUUAUAGAUUUGCUUGGGGGAUUAUUAAGAAUGGCCUUGUUGCUGUAG